AGCAGUUGGAAGUUGGCAGGUGGAGAGGCAGGUUGGGAGGGGAAGUUGGGGGAGGAGGCGGAAGAGUUGCUGUCGGAAGGGGGAGGAGGGAGGGAGGAAAAGAGGAGGAGGCGGUGGAGAUCUGAGCUGAGCCGAGCAUCGAGCCAAAGGGGAGAUGAGUUUGUCUGUCCUCGGCUGAGGCUCCGGCCGGGCCUAGGGAACUGGGAGCUCGGGUUGGAGCGACACCCGUGGAAGUGGGAGGAGGUGGCUCUGGGACUUUAACCCCUUGUGGGCUCUGCGGCAGGGGAUUUAACCCUUUGUGGAUUCGGCCCCUCGGAGGCAGCGUCAUCGGGUAGUUUUAACCCCUUCGGGGCUGGGUUUAACCCGUUGGACUUUAACCUCAUCUCCUUUCCCACCAACUCCUCGAUCGUGGGGGCGCUCUGCGGGGAGGCUUGAGGUCCACCUCCUUUGCACAUUACGUACUGUUAUUGCUGCUGCACCCCCUUGGACCCGCUAUCUGGCCGCGCUGUGGGCACUUAACCCUUUACUGACUUGAGCUCUCCCAAGUUGCAAUUGGAGUUUGUUUACAGAAGGACCUGCUAAAGGCGUCACUGCAGGAAUUACAGACCGAAGAGGACUCUGCUGGACAUUUUUUAAAAGCAAAGAAAAACCUCUUUUUUCAUUAAGGACUUACAGCCAAAAUUUUUCAAACUUCGAGAAGAGGACUCUAUUAGCCAUGGCCGAGCCACUCUUGUCAGAAUACCAGCACCAGCCUCAAACUAGCAACUGUACAGGUGCUGUUGCUGUUCAUGAUGAGCGGAACCCCGAUCGCCCCCCAGGCGCGGAGGAGCGGGUGCCCGAGGAGGACAGUAGGUGGCAAUCGAGAGCGUCCCCCCAGUCGGGUGGCCGUCCGGGGCAGGAGGGGGAAGGGAGCUUGGAGCCGCAGCCGCCUCCCCUUCAGAACCCCGUCUGUCCAGAACCUAGCUGCCCGCAAGCAGGCAAGAAGGGCCAGAAUGGGGACGACUUGUCCGCUGGCGGAGCCCCCCCGCCGGGGGCUGGGGGGGAACCGAGGCCCGAGGCCGAGCCUCUCGCACAGCCAUGUCAUGAUUCCGAGGCCAACAAGUUGGGGGCUCCUGCUGCAGGGGGCGAGGAGGCGUGGGGACAGCAGCAGAGACAGCUGGGCAAGAAAAAACAUAGGAGACGCCCCUCCAAGAAGAAGCGGCAUUGGAAACCGUACUACAAGCUGACUUGGGAGGAGAAGAAAAAGUUCGACGAGAAACAGAGCCUGCGAGCUUCAAGGAUUCGAGCUGAGAUGUUCGCCAAGGGCCAGCCUGUCGCACCCUAUAACACCACGCAGUUCCUCAUGGAUGAUCACGACCAGGAGGAGCCGGAUCUCAAAACCGGUCUCUACCCCAAGCGGGCCGCUGCCAAAUCCGACGACACCAGCGAUGAGGACUUCAUGGAAGAAGCGGGCGAGGAGGAUGGGGGCAGCGACGGGAUGGGAGGAGACGGCAGCGAGUUUCUGCAGCGGGACUUCUCGGAGACCUACGAGCGGUACCACGCGGAGAGUCUGCAGAACAUGAGCAAGCAGGAGCUCAUCAAGGAGUACUUGGAGCUGGAGAAGUGCCUCUCGCGCAUGGAGGACGAGAAUAACCGGCUGCGGCUGGAAAGCAAGCGGCUGGGCGGCGACGACGCGCGUGUGCGGGAGCUGGAGCUAGAGCUGGACCGGCUGCGCGCCGAGAACCUCCAGCUGCUGACGGAGAACGAACUGCACCGGCAGCAGGAGCGAGCGCCGCUGUCCAAGUUUGGAGACUAGACUGAAACUUUUUGGGGGGAGGGGGCAAAGGGGACUUUUUACAGUGAUGGAAUGUAACAUUAUACACAUGUGUAUAUAAGACAGUGGACCUUUUUAUGACAAUAAUCAGAAGAGAAAAUCCCCCCGGCUUUGGUUGGUUUGGUAAAUUUAGCUAUGAUGUAGCUUGCGUGCUUUUCUCCUGUUCUUUAAUUAUGUGAAACUGAAGGGUUGCUUUUCUUGUUUUCUUUUUAGAAGUUUUUUUUUUUUUUAAUGUGUAAGUAACUUGACCAAGUUAUAAUGCAUUUUUCUGUUAAAAAAUCCCCUCCUUAAACGGAGCUAUAAGGUGGCCAAAUCUGAGAACCAUUAAAUUCAUUCUAGGUAUAAUAAAUUUAAUAUUUGUAAAUGUAA